UUUUUCACACCCGUAAAUGAGGAGUCACAGUGCAGCAAAGUGGCAGUGUAGAUAAACCCUUAGAUGUUUCCAGCAGUCAUCUUGGGUAGGGUAGCUAAGGAGAACUGACUACCAGAAUUACCUCACUCCCCAUCCUUAAACAGGUUUUGCAUAAGGCAGGAAUCCUUUGUGUUCCGUUUAAACUUUUUCUCACUUUCAUUGAAAAAAUACAGAGUCCAAAAUGGGUCCCAGCAUCAGGUGAUAUGGCCACGUCUUUGUAGGAUCCACCAUAACCCCUCCUCCCAGGCUCAUAGGAAAAAACAGUCUUUUCGCAGAUCAUUGUCCUGAGUAUUGGGCCAUUAAGGGCCAGAGCCCUCAGCAUCACUAUAUUAGUAACAAAACAGGUUCAUAUUUCAUAUUUCUAAUUCCUAACACAGCAAUGAUGCAUGCAUACAAGUAGGAUAAACACAUUCAGCAGAUUAUAACCUUUCCAAUGAGAUGUCACAUGAACUAUCUUGUAUAAAGCAUAUUCCAGUUAUUUCAUAUUGUCAUAAAGCACAUGGGAUGUCCUGUCUUAGUGAGUUUGUAAGAUCUGAGGCAGGACAAUGAACCUUUUCCCAGUAGCACCAAUGUGCCUCUGUGGUGAGGCACAAUCCAGAUGGCUUGACCAGCACAUGAUGGUACAGAGGGGUGAGCUGUAUGCUGAAACCUGCAAUAAAUAAUUCAAAGUGAUGGUCACAUGACCCUCAUGGCUGUCAUAGGAUUCCUCUCUCCUAGGUGUCUGGUUACAUUCAAGGAUCAAGUUCUAACAUCCUGACUGGUGAAUUAUUAAACCAAACCUCCUUGUGGUGUUCUCAUCCCUUCUCACUGGACAUGUUUCUUCCUGGUGCCCUGCUGUGCUAGGCAGAGAGAGUCUCAACCCAUCUAGGUCCUUGGAAUUGGAGUCUCAGGAGAGUUUGAGGACAACUUGUCUUCUCCCCACCAACUUCUCAGUCUUUGAGAGCUCCUUGCCUCUCUGCUAAAGGCUGACGAGAUGGAGCAGUCCUACAGAUCCACAAUCUCCAUCUACAAGAGCAUCCUGGAGCAUUUUAACCCUGCCCUGGAGAACCUGGUCUACCUGGGCAACAACUACAUUCGUGCUUUCCACGCACUGUCUGAGGCAGCUGACAUCUAUUUUAAGGCGAUACAGAAGAUUGGGGAACAAGCCCUGCAGAGCUCCACCUCACACAUUCUGGGUCAGAUUUUGAUACAGAUGUCUGACACCCACAGGCACAUGAACGUUGACCUGGAAGCAGUGGCUCAGACCUUCCAUGGAGACCUGCUGCAGCACAUGGAGAAAAACACCACACUGGACAUGAAGUUCAUCAAUAACAGCCGUCAGCAGUACGAACUGGAGUACCGGCACAGGGCUGCCAACCUGGAGAAGUGCAUGUCGGAGCUGUGGAGGAUGGAGAGGACUAGAGACAAGAAUGCCUGGGAAAUGAAGGAGAAAGUGAAGCGCUUGCAGUCAGAGAUGCAAGCAUUUGUCUCUGAGAGCCAGAGGGCUGCCGAACUGGAGGAGAAGCGCCGCUACCGCUUCCUGGCUGAAAAGCACCAGCUACUCUCCAGCACCUUCCUCCAGGUCUACAGCAGGGCUUGGGGUAUCAUCCAGAGCAAGGUGCCAAAAUGGAAGGAGCAGUUGGAAGCCAGCCGUAAUCCAAGCAGCAGCCACUCCUCGAGCCUGCUCAGUACCUCCCAUGGCCAGGGGUACGUGUCAGGCCGCCUGACCCCCAGCCAGCUUGACAAGCCCCAGAGGCCUCUGCGAGAUUUUGGCUCGGCCAUGACUGGACGUAGUUCAAGCCCUUUCCGCCAGGAGCCUGCAGAACUUCUUAGAUCCUCUCCUCAGCCAGAGCCAACCAGGAGCAACCUGCAGAAGACUUCAUCAGCUGGCUCGCUCUCAACUGGCCAGCUCUCGCGCGCCAGCUCCUUCGGGGAGCGGGCUGGAAGAGAAGCAGGAGGAGGAGGCAGCACGUUGAGAGUCCAGGCAAUCGUGCCCCACUCUGCCGGCGCCAACCGCACCCUGCUAGGGUUCAGCAUCCAGGACGUCAUCACGGUGCUGAUUCCAGAGGCACAGAAUGGCUGGCUGUACGGCAAGCUAGAGGGAUCCUCCGCGAGCGGCUGGUUCCCCGAAGCUUUUGUAAAGCCCCUGGGAGAAGUAAGAGACCCAGAGGAACCACCCACCAGGUCCUUCCCAUUACGAAGCAGUCACAGCAUGGAUGGCCUCCUGGAUCGCCCCAGUGUCAUGUCAUCAGGAAAUUACCGACACAGUGCUGCCCUGCCCCAGCCAUCAACUCCUUCUCCAGCCUCCCUUGGCGCUGGCAGCCGCCGGAGUAGCACGGCUAGCUCUUCUGCUCCUGCGGAUUCCAAGAAGUCAGCUGUGCGGGAGCAGCAGCCAGAACUCUUCCCCCGCGGCACCAACCCGUUUGCCACAGUGAAGCUGCGCCCCACCAUCACCAACGACCGGUCGGCACCCAUCAUCCGGUGAAAGGGGGCCGUGGAGAGCAGAGGAGGCUGGGGGGGUUGACAGAAGCAGAGGUGGUAGAAAUGCACAGUCCUUUCCCAUUCCCGGGCUGCUGUGACCUCAGGUUGGCACUAACCUAGUGCAAUUUCUCAGGGCACGCCCUCUGUCUUACUCCCUGUGUCUGGCGAGCUCCAGCAGUAAAGAGCUUCCCUGGUUUUCUGUGGCAUUCUCUUUGGAUUAAACUGUGUGAUGCUGGUCCCACGGAGUGGGAGGCAUCCCCAGGAUACGGAUGCUGGUGGCAUGGAAAGGAAGUUGCCUAAUUCAAGCACUGAGAGCUAAAGGAGGGUACAUCUCUCCUGGUCUGUGCGCCUGCGCUGCAUGGAGUAAUUUUGGCAGGGGAAAAGAAUAACUCUAACCCCUACUCUCUUUGUUGUAAGGCACUGAAGGUGGUUUGGCCCCUGACCAGAAUCCUGACCAAUAUGUGGGGUUAGGCACCUGCAUGAUGGAUCAGCAGAGCCCUGUUGUGAUUACCUGCACAGCAGGGGUCUUCUCCUUCCAGCUCCUCACCCCAGGGCCUUGGGCAACUGGCCACUGAGUUUCAAAGAACUUUGUGGGGAGGAUGUCUGCCUCUCCUCCACUUUCUUGCUUGGUAACCCCAGGGCUGGAUAAAAGGAUGGGAGGGGAAACCCAGUAGCACAGCCUUGUGUUUGAUUCUGUACAUAAUAACAGUAAUAUAUUUUUAAAAUAAAAUGGAAAACACACCC